AUGGGCAAGCAAGGAGAAGAGGCUCGUCAGAAAUGGAUCGAUAUUCAACUUCACACAUUUACAAACUGGAUAAAUGAGCAGCUACAAGGAAAUGUGAUACAAGACUUGACCCAAGAUUUAUCGGAUGGUGUGAAUCUCAUCAGACUCGUAGAAAUCCUCCAGGGGCGAAGGUACUAUGGAAAGGUGUACGAUCAAGAACCAACGGAAAUUCAAAAACUAAUGAAUGUGCAAAUGGCACUGGAUGCUCUUCGAGAAGAUGGUGUGAAGACAGUAAACAUUGGAAGUCAUGAUAUUGUAGAUGGAAAUGAGAAAUUGAUAUUGGGCUUGAUUUGGUGUCUGGUUCAAAGGUAUCAAAUCGCGUGUAAAACAAAAAUUCCUCCAAAGAAAUUGGUUAUGGCUUGGAUACAGAGCGCUCUUCCUGAACUGAAACUCACGAAUUUCCGAACAAACUGGAACGAUGGAAUUGCUCUAAGCGCUCUUCUUGAAUACUGUCAGCCUGGGUUGUGCCCGGAAUGGAGGAAUUUAGAUCCGUCAGCAGCUCGAGAGAAUUGUCACCGAGCUAUAUUACUUGCUGAACGAUACUUAGAAGUCCCUGGAAUCAUUUCUUCUGAUCACUUGUCAUCUCCACAUCUAGAUGAACUCUCCUGCUUGACGUAUUUGUCAUAUUUCAUAACUAAAGGUGCUCCAGGGUACAGAGCAACUUUGAAAAAAGUGUCAUUGCUUCUGCCAGACUGCAACGUCGAAGAUCUCGAGCAUUCCUGGAGUGAUGGUUUCCUUCUCGCCCAUCUAGUGGAAGCGUGUGGUGGCUCGGUUCCCGAGAUCGAACGAAUGCGAUUUGAGAAUUUGAACGAUUUUGUUGAAAAUGUGGCAGUUGUGCUCGACGCAGCUGCAGACAUUGGUGUCGGAUCGCUCAUCGGCGCAGAUGACAUUGCCGAUCCUCAAGGAGAACAUCUGGGUACAAUGGCUCUGGUUGCCGCGUUGUGCUCAAUUCCAUUGGAACAACAAGUGAAGUACACUGAUUGCUAUGUUAAUCAACAGGUCAACCUAGAUCUGGCGUUCACUUCUGGAAACGAAGUACGAAUUGAGGAGUUAGAUGUGCAGGUCGUUGGGUCUACCGGUGAAAUUUAUUCAAACGAAGCAAUUCAAUUGAGAAAAAGUCGAACGAGCCAAGGAGCAAACUUGUCUUUGAUUCCAGUGGAGCAAGGAUUUCUUCAGAAUAUACCUAACAAGAUGUCUGAAACUGUAGGCUAUGAGAGUAUCCGUCAAAAAAUUCAAUCCAGAUUCUAUCAUACUGUUCGUAUCUACUGUCAGGGCUCCGAACUACCAGCGAGCCCUAUCCAAUUACAAGUUCACACCCAGGAAGAGACACGGAGCACUUCGAGAGCAGCGUCUCGUGCUCAUCCGGAAAAUAGAAAUCCUGGAGCAACAACAUCAACGUCGACUGUGAGAACUACAGUAUCGCCAGUGCGUGCGCCAAAGCAAGAAGCAGGAAAAGUUGCGCAAAUCUCGUCUGAAACUGAGGUGGACAUAUCACACAAAUCAUUCGCGCAACGACGUCUCCAUAUUAUCAAACAGCUUGAAGCGCAACACGUCAAUCAUAUUGCGCAGACAAAAUCACAUCAUCAACCUCAGCAACAACAACAACAUCAUCAGCCACAACCUCACCAGCAGUCACCGUCGAUAGUUCAAGUUGUGCUGCCUACACCACCGCCACCGCCUACUUCAGCACAAAAUAGCUCUCAUAUUCCACCAGCACCACCAAUCCCAGCUGUUCUGGAAGCAUCUGCAUACAGAGAAAUGCCGUUGACAAGAUCGCCCGAUGUUGGACUCGUUUCGUUCUCAGGACUUUCAGAGCCAUGCUCAGUUGGGUCCAUUGUGGAAGUUGUGAUCAACGCUCAUGGAGACGCAGUGUCUGGAUCAGUUUACGUUGAAGCUGUGUCACCAUCUGGAACAGUUCAUCCAUGCACUGUCCGACAUCAGAACAACACCUACAUGGCCACAUUCACCCCUCAGGAAGUCGGACUAUGGAGAAUCGGCAUCCUGUACGACGGCGAACACAUUCGAGGAAGCCCGUUCGCAUGCCAGGUGUUCGAUUCUGGUCUUGUUAAUGUAUAUGGUCUUGAUGUCGGAUUAGUUGGACAAGAAUUGAGGUUUUCUGUAAACACUUCCCAAGCAGGACAUGGAAAUUUGAGUGUUACGGUUCUACGUCACGGAAGAGAAAUUCCGUUGAACAUCGAAGAACAAGGAAAUUCAAAAAACCACCAAGUAUCGUUCAUUCCCGACGGAGCUGGUCAAUACAAAAUCCACGUGUUGUUCAAUAGAAUGGAGAUUAAAGGCUCCCCAUUCGUUUUGGACAUUGCCGACGCUUCAUCAGUGUCCACCUAUGGUGAAAAUUUGAGAUCAGCAUCAGUUGGAAAAACCGCAUCCUUCAUGGUCCAUGCUGUUGGACACCAUCGGGUGGCAAGUUCCCAGCCAAAAUCGUCACAUUGGACGAUGUCACGUUUAAAAUCGAAUGGACGCCAAAUGAACCAGGAGGAGGUAAUCGACAUUACGCCUAAUGUUAUCGGUCAAUAUCUCUUCCUCCUCCCCCCCCCCCCCCUCAUGGGUGUCCUUCUUCUCGCCAUCGUCUCGACGAGCGAAAGAUGGCCCCGAAAACUCUCCGUUUUGUCUCUUUUUCACCUACGGUUCUUCUUCUUCUUCUUCCGACGUCUUCUGUUGUUCCUUCUGCCGAUCAUCGAUUAUUUGUUGAUGACAAGACACGCACACAACAAUUUAAUGAUUUUGAUUAGACCACCCCUUGUCUCUUUUUGUCUCUCGAGUGUUUUUUGUCAGUGCCAUUCAUUCAAAAUGAUAUUAGGUGUAAAUUCGUACUUCAUUACGUUGUGUUUUCCAGGCGAACACAGUGUGGAUGUGAUGCUGGCAGAUCAACGAGUACCCGAUGCACCAUUUGCGUGCAAUGUCGGUGCACCAGACUUGGUGCACGUCCGAAACAUGCCGCGCCGGAUUGUACCGUCCAAGUUGAACACAGAUCACUCUUUUGAAAUUGACGCGUCUGCUGCCGGAUCCGGCAAUCUUGAAAUUAUGAUCAAUGGCGGCCGAGUGCCAUGUCGAGUUCGAGAGCUUGGCAGCCGACAGUACAUGGCCAUUUUCACACCGACACAGUCUAUCACCCAUACAAUCGAAAUGAGGUUCAAUGGAGAACACGUUUCGGGAAGCCCAUGGAAAUUGCCAGUUGAGGAUCGCGGCGAGAGGCGACAGGAAAUGGAAAGAACCAUGUCCUACUACUCAGAGCUGUCCGGACCCGGACUCGUCAGAGCUCCGGUCAAUCGUGUUGCUCAUUUUGAUAUCACUGGAGAAGGACUCGAGCUCAGUGAUAUUCAAGCCAAAAUUGUGGGACCCGAUAACAAGGAAUUCCCAAUUCGAAUCAUUCCAAGAAGCUCGGGAAAGUACACAGCAGAGUAUGAGAUUGAGCAAGUUGGAGAACAUCAUUUGACAGUUUGGAUUGCCGGAAGAAAAGUUGACGGAAGUCCACUUUCAGUAGCAGGUAAGGCUGGAAUCUCAGAAACAAAUUUGAAGAACUGGACAAAUACAGUAGUUACGCAACCGAAAAAGUUCGCCUGGAACCGUUGGGUGGAGGAUCGCCAAAUCAGCCAGUACAGUUCUAUGAGACGCAAUUCUGUUUUUGUAUUCCCCCCGUUUUACCUCCUACUUCCUUUCACUACUUUCUUCUCUUUUCAAUUGAAUUCGUCUCUCAAGAAGAAAGUUCCUGAGAACUGUUAUUCCCUACUACUCUACCUACUAGUUCACAAGAUUACCAUUAGCAUAUACGCCGCUCACUAA